AAUGACUUUUUAAGAAAAAUCCCCAGUGGGAAUGUUUUUAUUUUCAAUUAAUCGAUUUUUUCUCUCUAAAAUUUAUUUUGUUUCUUAUUGCAUUUCUGUAAGUCAGCUAAUUUUUAAACUAUCAUGGUAAAGCAGUGGCAACUGGCAGCGGAGCUAGUAGCUGUGGGGCUUCAGGCUGGGCAGGAAACAGAGACGAGUUUUGCAGGUUAGUAAGAAACGCCCCUGUAGGAGAAGCGAUUGUUAUGUAUGUUGAUGUAGGAGAAAUGUACAAUAAAAGGACCAAGUGGGCCUCAAUUGGGUUUUGUACAAUUAUGGAACUGGAUAUUGGAAUACGUAAUUCAGCCCUAAACCGGGCAUAAGCUAGUUAUUUCAUGGAUUUGGUGAUAAAGGUGCAAGGAAUGUUUACUGAUUGUGCAUUAGGGGUGUGUUGAUUGAAGAUGUGAAUUGGUCUGUAUUUGUGUGUGCAUCUAAGAACCCAAAUGAUCUGUGGCAAAUGUUAGGUUGUGUGAUACAAGAGGCAGCUUGAAUCUGAGAUUAAUCUAUCAAAGACCAAGACAACUAUUUUGGCAGAGAAAAUGGAUAACCAAUGCAGGUUAUUGAUAAACUGUAACGAGAGAAGACAGACUACUGUGACUUUAAUGUAACUGUAAUGAUCCUGGUGCCACUGUAGCAGUAGCCCAACCUUAGCCACUUCUAGCUAAAUGAACUUCAAAUCCCAGAAUUCCAUAGCAGUAAGGGGUAUUGGUGAGGAUUCUAGCAGUUGAAGUCCAUACAGCUGGAAGUUGCUGAAGUAAGGGAAAUAUUGCUUAAUGUUUACUAAAGAAAAUAAUGGAUGGAGUAAUUUUAAGGCAUGCCACAUCAGGGAGAAAGUUAAGAGUAGUAUAUGGUCUUUUUCUGAUAAAUUAAAAGUUUGGAAGAAAUGAAGACAGCUGUGGAUAAAUGGGAUUUUCCCAUAUACCACUUCCUAUUUUAAUGUCAUACUUUUAUUUCUUUAGCUGUUUGUUACUCCUUUUCUGAGCCUUGUGUAAUGCUGUGUACAUCAAACUGGAUAACAUGACAUCUGUGUAUGUAACCAUCAGGUCAAAACAUGUCCCUUGAUAGGAAUUUACCAAGUAAAUUACAGAGAGGGAUAAUUAGCUUAUUUUGAAAUUUUAGCUUUCCCAGAAUUAAAGUACAAAAAUAUUAACACAGUUGGCCUCUAUGCCAGACUAGCAACUCCUCGUACAACUCUCCACUACCCAACUUGUGUGGGAUGCUGACCACUGUGGCCUCUUCUGAUGUCAGGGCUCGGAUGGGCAGGCUUUGGACCAGAGUCCUUGAGAGACGGUGCUAGGCUUGUGCGGAGUGAUGCUGUUCCAGGUCCUGUGCUUGGAGCUGGUUCCUCUCACGUGAAGGAACCACCUGAACGGUUGGCUUUCCUCUUCCUGCUCUGAUGACGGAAUGAUUAUUAUCGUAAUUCCGGAUACGCCUGUAAAAGACUGUGGCUUCUCUUGUGGGAGCCUCCUACUCUCACUCCCAUUAAUGAAAGAGCUUCGUGAUCUGGCUAUCUGGCAAUUUGCUGCCAUUAUUCUCCUGCUUGAGCUUAACUGACUCAAGUGAGCAGCUGCUUCCUUGACAGCUUAAGCCCUGGAGCAUCAACAAGGAUAAUUGGGAGGUGAGCAGUUGGAGUCCUUCCUUGGGCCCACGAUGGAGAUGCUUGUUGCAGCAACCAAGGGCUGCCGUAGAUUUGCCAUUAAAUGCUACAGCAACCAGUUAAUAUGUGCACAGAGGGUUAAUUAACUGCAUUGAUGAAUACGCUUGACUUCUGGAAUUAGAUGGCGAACACCAGCAUCCCUUGCAUUAGUAAUGCUGCAGCCCAAGCAACAAUUAAGACUUGCACUCAUUGGAAAUCCUCCAGCAGCCUUAUGUAUCAGAAUUCUUGCUAGCACAGACUCCUUGCUCUUCCCCCUCAUUUUUACCCCAAUGUUGGAAAGUUGCAAAGAAGUGGGGCACGGCUAUUCCUCUGUCCGUCCGUCCAUCCAUCCGUCCACCCACCCACCCAUUGGCAGAGAAAUAAUCUGAAAACAGAACAGAAUGAGAAGCUGGGAAAAUAGAAAAGGAGCCGAGCCAGGCCAGAAAACCAUUCAGGGGAGAAGACAGGGAGGGGCAGAUCUUCUUGGGCCCAAUGCCAGCGACCUGGUUGUGCCCUUCCUGCCUGCAUCUGACCCCCUGCCCUUGUCCCUUGGACCGGCUCCGGGCCUCUCGGCUUCUCUGCGGGGGAGGCCCCCGCCUCCAUGAACCUGCGGCGAUGUUUUCAUCUGGAUCCCGAACUGAAGGCGCGUCCGACUCCACUGCCCGAAGGUCCGCCUCUCGGCCUCGGCCCUGUAACAUCCCCGAGCCUCUUCCGCCGCUUCCAUUCGGCUCUCCCGCUCUGCCCUCGCUGGGGGGAAAAGCCACAGGGAAGGUUUGCUCGUCUUACCCUGCAGCCGAACCAACGCGGGUCCUGCUUCUUUGGGGCGCAGCUUCAGUCCUGACCCCGUGGGAAGGUCCGCCUGGAUCAGGCCGGGCUUCGCUCCUCAGGCACGAGCGGCCAGCGCCGCAGCCGGGCCCGGGCAGAAGCUUGGCGCUGAAUAGCAGCUACGUGCGAGGCUCCAGCGCUGGCAGCGAAGCUCCCGGGAAGCCUGGGCGAAGGCCCGGCACCGCCGACCGACUGGCCCGCCCUUGGCUGGCUGCCAGGAGGAGGAGGAGGAGGAGGAGAGCGCCGGGCAAGACGCGGCCUGCCCAGGAGAGCUUCAGGCCUCCGGGGAUCGUUCGACUAGUUGCGCGGCGGCUCCUCCUUGGCGCCGAGAGGGGCCGAGAUGGGCGGCCACCAGCCCCCUCCGCAGCGAGGGACGCCGCCGCUGCCGCCGCGCGCCCGAUGCCCGGCUUCCCGCUCGGCCGCUGCGGCCCGCUCGCCUUGCCCGGCUUCUGCUGCCUUCCGGCCGCCUGCCCCGGCUCCGCCUGCUGCGCCGCCCCGAGAGGGAUUUUUGGUCAGCGCUUAGAAGACACAGUCUGCUACGAAAAGAAGUUUGGGCAGUACCUGGUGCCCCUUCUGGUGGAACAAUGUGUGGACUUCCUCCGGGCACGUGGCCUCACCGAGGAAGGGCUGUUCCGCCUGCCUGGGCAGGCCAAUCUGGUCAAGGACCUCCAGGACUCCUUUGACAGCAGGAAGAAGCCCCAGUUUGACAGAAACACCGAUGUCCACGCAGUCGCCUCCCUCCUGAAGCGAUACCUUCGAGAGCUUCCCGAGCCCGUCGUUCCUUUCGCGAAUUACGAAGACUUUCUCUCCUGCGGCCAGUUGCUUUCCAAGGAUGAAGGCGAGGGAACUCGGGAACUGACCAAACAAGUGGGCUGCCUUCCUCAGGCCAACUACAACCUCCUCAAGUUCAUCUGCAGGUUUCUUCAUGAAGUUCAGUCUUACGCCAGCCAUAACAAGAUGAGCGUCCAGAACCUUGCCACGGUCUUUGGGCCAAACAUUCUUCGGCCUCAGAUAGAAGACCCUAUGACUCAGAUGGAAGGUACUUCGCUGGUUCAGGGCUUAAUGGCUAUUUUGAUAAGCGAGCAUGGGAAAAUCUUUGAUCCCACCCUGACUCAGGAUUCACUUCAGCCGGAAGUCGAUCUCCAGUGUCCACCUAGUUGGGUAGACGGGAACUUGCCGAGUGGCUGGACAGAAAACAGUCUUUGCAGCCGUGUUGGCUCACUUCCAGCUCUCAGGCCUUCUGCAGCUAAGCCUUGCAUGCAAGACUGCAACCAGGAAGAGAACAGCACCCAGCCGCCCAUCAGCCCCAGCCGCAGGAAGCAAGGCUUGUCCCCUUGGAAAGGCUCCCCUUUGGAGCAGCAGGGAGCUGGGUCGUUCUACCACCCACCGCGGAGCUCCUUCUUGGAAAGCUACUGCUUAUCCUCAUGGGAGAACCGGCUGGUGGAUGGACGGUCAGCUGUUCAAGGCCACUGUGGAGGACAAGGCAAAGAUUCCGAUUCAUGCCAAAGGCUCUCCAUCUAUGACAAUGUCCCCCUCCUUCAUCUCUCCGAGGGUGUUUGCAGCCACACCAGCCCCAGCUGCUCCAUUUCCUCCAGUGGUCUGUCUCUCACGGUGGAUUCUGUCACCCCCUGUGCCUGCCUGGCCUUGAACCUUCUUCCGAAGGAACACUCUCCUGGCAGCCCCUUGCCACAGGGUGAAGUCCCUCUGGAGAGCAGCAGUGGGGAGCCAGAAGCAUGCUGCAGCAGAAGCAGGGACGAAUGUAAUCUGUCCUUCGCUUCUAGAGACGCCAUUCAGUGCUCGGAAGCCCUGCACGAUCUCAUCGCAGAACUGAAGGCGGAGCUACAAAAACAAAGAUCUGAAUAUGACACCACUUUUAAGAGAAUGGAAGAAGCAAGCGCAGAAUUGAGGAAGCUGGCGACAAGACUGGAAGAAGAGCUAGUCAAACAGAAAAAGAAGCAGACGGUGCUGGAAAAGAAGCUGAGGAACUCUGAGCAGGCAAGGAAAGACGCAGAGGAGAGAAAUCACCUCCUGCAAGAAGAGAUGGCGUAUUUCUUCACAACCCUGGGCAAUAUCACCGCAGGAAGUCAGUGGGGCAAAGCCUGAAGGUGGUGGAUGCCCUCUGCACUCUUUCCCAGCCAAGCAGUUUUGCCCUGGCCUCUCUCUCUCUCUCUCUCUCUCUCUCUCUCUCUCUCUCUCUCUGAUGUACAUAUGAAAGUGCAAACCUACUUUGCCACCUUAUUCAUGCACUGACAUCCCAGUUGUUGGUCUAAAUGGAAAAUCAGAGAUUGGUGAGGAAGAGGUGAAAGGAUUUCACUCACAGCACAAUUGCUUUGCUAAAUCUAGCAUAUAGAAUACAUAACGGCAAAGACAAAGACUGGAAAAAUAGUACUUAGUUGAUCUACAAAAUUAGAAUUACUUUUGUUGCCUUUUAAUGCUCUCCUUUUAUGGAAGGAUUGCUAGAACUGGCAACAUUGCCCCUCUGCACCAUCCACAGCGUGCCUUUCCCUUACAGACUUCUGCAUCGGCUGUGUUAGGCUCGUUCUCAGAGGGAACUCUGCCUCUUUUUUCCAAUGGCUAAUUCAAAUCCAUCGAACGGCUUGUAUCCCUGACUGAAAAUGAAGGAGGGGGAGGCAGCAUGACACAGCAGGCACAAUAAAUUAAGACGAGUGAAUUAAUCAAUUUAUGCUCUGUGUAUCGGAUCCUUGUAGGUAAUUGCCUUUGUUGACAAAUUUUACAGGAUUUGGAAAUAAUUGCCUAGACUUGAUCAGAAACUGGCGCUAUGUUGCAAGAUAACUCCUGGUGCUAUACCUCAGUAUCUAGAAUUCUCCAUUUUUCUCUUACCUCUGAGUUUUUCUAGCACCAGACAAAAUUAAUCCUGAAAUGCAAAGGGUUUCUUUAAAAAACCCAAGCUAAACUGAUUUAAAAAGAGUCACCAUACAGGGAAAUAUCUUCCACCUUCCAAGCAUGUGACCCACCUGACAUGCAUGUGCCCUCUCUCCCCUUGCAGUGCUAAUGUCCGUAUUUAUUAACCUUUAAGUCCACAACAGGAGGGACUAAAGCUGGACACUGGGGGGGGGGGCUGUUCAUUAGCUAGUGAGAGCUGAUUUGGGUUGUUAAUUGUUUCGGGUGGCUUUAGUUAGUUAAUAGCUACUUUUAAGCUCCAGUAUUAGGAAUCUGGUUGAAAGUUGCUGUGAGGAGUGGCAGUGCAGCGGGAGGCAGAGAACCCCUUGGCUGACUGGAGAAACGGCUGAGGAAGGCUAUCCUGCCUGUUUUGGUGGCGGCAACGGAAGCUCAGUGACUGGGAGGACCAGCCUGCGGCAGGUGCCGAGGCUGCCAACGGUGUCGCAGGCAGCCGGGACAAGAGAGGUCGGCCGUCGCCUAGCAGCAGAUGACCUGGGUGGUCCCUUGUGGAUUGGAAGGCGACCGGAGGCAUUCAAGGAUUUCUAUUCAGGUCUCCAUCAUGAAGCGAAACAGCUGCUCUCUGUAUCCACAGGCUCUCUCGUUCAGAGUUGCAAAUCCCGUUUUAGGGAGGAAGGAGUAACUAAAUCUCCUACUUGGUCUCUUCAGGUCUCUGCUCCGCAGAACACAUUGCCCCAAAACCAACUCAAGCUUGCCUCAGACUUGAUUCUUAAAGGGCCAUGUGAUCUUGUAACCCCAGUGACACUUGCAAAAUUUUUCAAAGGCGUUCAGACUGUGGUUUGAAAUAAAUAGGACACUUUCUAAUGUAUUUUCCAACAGGGAAGACUAGUAUAGGACAGACGGGACCUUGGAGACGGUCAGUGUCUCAAUGAGUGCAGUCACAAUUCCUGCAGCCUUGCUGGAGACUGUGGUACAUCUUCCUACAGGAUGCCCUUUCUUAAUCCAGCAACAACUGCAGACCAUUACAGAGCACCCUGGAAGAAGUGGAUUAUCUGGAUCCUUUUUGAUCAGAUUCAUAUUUGAGAUAAGAGCACUGGGGAUCUUUUCCAAGACUUGGAUGGUGCAUUUGGGGCUUCCCCUUUCCUGUUCUCCUGUCAGUCCAAUCAAUCAUGGCACAGGAGCUUUCCUUGUCCAGACCUUACAAAUGUUGAAGAUAGAAUCAUUUAAAUUUUUGUUUGUGGGCAGUUUCAGGUGGUGACUUACAAGUGGAGAUGCGACAGGCUGCUUGCGUGGAGGGAAUCCAGACCCUUUCCCGUUUUUCAACACAACAUCUUGCUUGCUGCCUGAGUUCAACUUCAGACCUGCUAUUCAGACAGUUCUUGGUUGGCCCAGCAUUGUCCCUUAAGAAAGCGGGUCCAUGAACUGGGCUUUCCCUGCACACACGGCCACUGCCGGAUGCACAAAGGAUGGCUGGGCAGGAAGGCUUUGGGCCCCUGUGCUCCAGUUGGGGCCUUGCCCAGAGUGUGAAGACUUUGUGCCUUCAUCAUCAUCAUCACCACCACUUGUACAAACGACUCCGUGUGCUCUACCCAGAUCUGCCUCUGAAGGCCACCCGGGAGCGGCAUUAGGCCAGGGCUUGCGGCUCUCGGCUGGCUUUGGAGGGCAGCCCUAAGGGCCGAGUGGACCCACGGGUCUCCUCCCUCCCUGCAUAACGGGAGACUCCACCGUUCCAGGACAGAGGAAGGAAGGAAGGAAGGAAGGAAGGAAGGAAGGAAGGAAGGAAGGAAGGAAGGAAGGAAGGAAGGAAGGAAGGAAGGAAGGAAGGAAGGGUGACUGAAGCCAGGAACGAGCGUUUUCACCCAAAGGCCCAAACAAAGGGUGCAGCCUCACUUAUGCUGCCCCCCCCCCAAAGAGUACAGCUUCCCAGAAAACACUAAGGUCGGAAUUGUUCCCAAUGGGCUUGGGGGGGCCAAGCUCAGUUCUGCUUUUGUCACUGAGAUCUGUGGACGUGGUGUGACUGUCACCUGACUGAGGUAUAAUAGAGAUUGUUUCGUGUCUGCGGGGUGUCGGUUUGCCAACCUGCACUGUCUGUUAUGGUUUGUCACGGUUGUUUCAGUGUUACUUUUGCCAAGUUUGUUUUGCUGUUUGUAGAAUUACGCAAACCAUGGACAUUUCGGUUACUGUAACCUGCCAAGAGUCACGUGAAACUGGCAGCAUACAAAUUUAAUAAAUAAAAACAAACAGAAAUGA